AUGGGCUCACUUACUACGAAUGAAUGGAGGGUCGAAAAACAGACAGGGUUCGACGGUCUCCAUUUCAGCAAAAAUGUUCCUAUUCCCGACUUGGGCCCAAACGAUGUCCUAGUCCGAUUCCACGCCGCUUCAAUUAAUUACCGUGACUUGAUUAUAGCAACAGGUGAAUAUCGCUACCCAACCAAUGCCAAUAUUAUUCCAGGAUCUGAUGGAGCCGGUACGGUGGAGGCAACCGGAUCGCGAGUGUCUCGUUUUCAUGUUGGAGAUAAGGUGAUUACGCUGUUCAACCAGGGCCACCAUGCUGGCCCCCUUGACCAGCGCUCCAUGAAAACUGCGCUUGGUGGCCUUUUAGACGGGACCUUUCGACAGCGCGGUGUAUUCUCCGAGGAGGGCCUGGUGGCUAUGCCGCCGAACCUCAGCUUCCUAGAAGCCAGCACUUUGACUUGCGCGGGCCUCACGGCGUGGAAUGCACUUUACGGCAGCGCUGAUCACCCUCUUCGACCUGGUGAUGUUGUUUUGACUCAAGGAUCUGGUGGAGUUAGUCUUUUUGGAAUUCAGUUCGCAAAAGCCGCGGGCGCGACCGUAAUCGCGACUACUUCAUCUGAUGAGAAAGCCGUACGAUUGAAGGAGCUUGGUGCGGACCAUGUCAUCAACUAUAAAACGACGACAGAUUGGGGAAAGACUGCUAAAAGCCUUACACCUGAAAAGGCGGGUGUCUCUCACAUUCUCGAGGUCGGUGGGCCAGGUACGCUGAGACAGUCCCUGGCGGCUAUCAAAAUCGCCGGCCUGAUUACGGGCAUUGGUUACGUUAGUAAAUCCGGGGACCAGCCUACUCUGCUGGAGUCAUUUAGCGCCAAGUGCACUGUUCAAAGCAUUGUAGUGGGCUCGCGUGCUCAGUUUGAACAAAUGAACCGCGCAGUCGAGGCGCAUAAUAUUCAUCCUGUGAUGGAUCAAAAGACCUUCAGACUCGAGGAUCUCAAAAGUGCAUACCAGUAUAUGUCGGAGCAAAGGCAUUUUGGGAAAGUCGGGAUAAAGAUCGACUGA